CAGCCUUUUGGGAGCAAGAGGAACAAAGGCAUAGAAGACAUGAAGUUGAGAACCUCUAAUGGCAAAAUAGAUCUGCACAGUUUUUAACCAGGAACCCUGCUUCUUGCUGAUGCUACUGGAUUAUCUGACAUAUUUUGUGGAUUUAGUUGCUGAAUGCUUAGGAGGACAGUGUUUUCCCCAGCUUCUCCACGAUGCUGUAUACUUUAGCAGGAGGUGGCACUUUGUGUGGCGUGGCCACCCUUGUGCUCCUCAUUGUUUCUACAGCAACAGAUUUCUGGAUGCAGUAUCGGUACUCGGGUAGCUCGGCCAAUCAGGGGCUUUGGAGGUUCUGCAUUAACCACAAAUGCCAUGCUCACACCAUAACUGUGGCAUUCUGGGAUGCUACACGGGCCUUCAUGCUGCUGGCAGUGCUGAGCUGUUUCGCUGGAGUUGUGCUUGGCCUGAGCGCCUUCACCAAUGGCACCAAGAAUAAGAGAGUCCGCACUGGGGGCAUUGCUCUGGUCCUUUCAGGUUUUCUUGCCCUGCUGGCUUUGGCAAUUUACACAGGAGUGACCGUCACUUUCUUUGGCAAACGCUUCCUGGACUGGCGCUUUUCUUGGUCCUACAUCAUAGGCUGGGUUGCUGUCAUUUUGGCUUUUGCAGCAGGUGUGUUUCAGCUCUGUGCUUACAGUAGGACCACGGCAGAACCUGGCCCAUCAAAUAACCUGGACAGCUGAACAAGAUGAACUUAGUGACUGGCUCUUCUGUUGCAAUGAUGUCACUGCUGCUUUUGAUGAUCUA